AUGUCCAUGGCCGAUCCCGGUGCGAGAGCGGAAUCGCUAAGAAUGGGUCACAACGGCCUCUCCCAGAUGCAUCCUCUCUCCGCAGGCCUCCCCGAUGUUAUGUCGGGCAUGCCGCUGAGCAUGGAUUUCAGCAUGCUUGAAAGCAUUAGCUCGCUCAACCGCACGACCGGCGGCCAUAAGCACAUGACGCCGGGCAAGGCGCACCCCCUGUCGAUGUCGUCGCAGCGGCCCAGCAUUCGCGUGUCGCACCUCGACGUCAGCGACGGGUCCAUGAGCAAUCUCGAACGAGCGCUCGAAUACGCGAAGAAAAAAGUCGACGACGAGCUUCGCGUGUUCAUUAGCGACAUCGCCAAGCGGCUGAACCUCCCAGGCGCCGCGCCGCCCAGAACGCCUCCCAAGUCGCCCGUCUCACCCACUAACGCCUACCCGUCAACGUUCACGUCGUUUCUCAUGUCGCCGGAAUCGUCCAGAUGGGAGCAAGGAGCGCUCUAUCUUAAAGACCUAGCCGAGAAAUGCCUACGGAUGCGCGCAGAUGAGUUCGGAUCGGCGUGCGAAGAUAUCGUGCAUGAUCUAAACAUGGCGCGGCAGCAGCUUCCCAUGGGAACCCUAAAGCAGCUGCACAUGAAAAUGCUCUUCAUUCUCACGCGCUGCACGCGCCUGCUGCAGUCGCAGAAGGAAGCGGAGGCGGAGAUGCCGUACGGGGGAGUGUACGGGGGUCCGUAUAGGGGCGCGGAGGUCUUAGCGACGCCGAUGGUUCGUAACCGCCCGCCUGGCUUGCCGUCGACGCUGCGAUCGCAAGCGUCCAUGGCGGCUACUCACUUCUCCUCGUAUACGGCAUCGAAGCCGCUGGAACGCCCCGCAGAGCUCCCCGCAGGCCACUCCGCGGAGCACCUCGCGGAGCACUCGGCGGAACACUCGGCGGAGCAGGCCGCGGGGCAGCCGGCGGAGAAGGCGCGGCUGCAGCGGCAGCAGCAGGCGCAGCAGGCGCAGCAGCCGCCGCAGCGGCCGAUCAUCCGGUGGGACUCGUGCCCCGCGCCGGCGGACUGGCGGGUGCGCGACCCGAAGGCGGACCAGAAGGGGGGCGCGGGGCUGGGGCUGGGCGCGCGCAAGGAUGAGGGGAAGCAGCGGAGCAAGAGCAAGUCGAAUAUGAUGGACGACUGGAGUGCCGCAGUGGCGGAGAUGAGAGGGGCGCUAGACGACGGUACUUACGUUCCCGGCGGGGAUUUUAACCAAGAUGAUAGCGCUAGCGCGAGCGCGGACGUGCUCAUGGGGGGACAGCAAGCGCACAUGGCGGGUCCGCCCGCUCCGCCAGCGGACGCGGAGGUGCACGGGUCGACGAGCGCGCGGGGGCUGCUGUGGGGGCGGGUGGCGGAGAUCCGCAAGGAGGAGGAGAUUCAGCGCGCCAUGCGCAGCCAGUCCGCGCGGGACAAGUCCUCCCUCUCCCGAUCCAGUGACUCUCCCCCCGCCCUGGCGCCAGCAGCAGCGGCGGUAGCAGCGGCGGUAGCACCGACGGGAACAGCGGUGCGGGAAAUGGGGCCAGCGGGAGACGCGGAGGUAGCGGCGGCGCUGGGUGCGGCGUUAAGCGCAUCAGGAGGCGCGGAACCCGAGGUUGCAGCAGCCCUUUCCGCGGGAGCUGGCGCAGGGGCGGCGGGGACUGGCGGAGCAUGGGGCGAAGCGGGGGACACGAGUAUGGCGGACGGGAGCAUGGCGGUUCCGCAGGAGGGGAUUAAGGGGAAGGAGGUGAAUGUUACGCAGUUGCAGGAGCACUCGCGGCUGUGCGCGCUCGCAAAUCGGUGCGACUCGGCGCAGUUUUCGAUCGACGAUCGGCUGAGGCGGCUAGCGGACGGCCUGGAUCACAUCUCGAACGAGCAGGUGUCGCGGCUGAGCGCCAUGUCGUUCCAACGCGUGCCGUCCAACUCCUCGUCUGCUACUGGCGGGGCGGCGUCGUCUGCUGUACCCGCAGGGCUGGAUUCGCAUUCCCAGCAGGUAGGGUUGAUGGGGGUGGGGGGAGGUGCAGGGGCGAAGCAGGGUGGUGGCAGGUUCCUGUCUCCCCUGGGCAGCAGUAUGGUGUCUCAUGCAGACAUGCGCGAGGGGGACGAAGGCGGCGCGGCAGGGGGAGAAGGAGACAGAGAAGGGGAGGGGGCAGAGGGGUAUGAAGGGGAGGAGCAGCAGAUGCGCGAGCAAGAUGCAGCGGAGCACUGCAGCAGAGAAAACGGGUCGUUGCACCCUGGCGUCCCGAUAAGCCCCACAGAGGAGCACCCAGAGCACCAGGAUCAUCCAGAGCAUUCAAUGCAUCAGGAGCAUCAGGGCGCAGGGGGAAGCAGCAGCAGCAACGUGUCUAACUGGUCGUAUGUGAGCCACCACCUGCAGCAGCAGCAGCAGCAGCAGCUGCAGCAGCAGCAGCAGCAGCAGUCCUGCAGGGAGCCGGCGAGGAAGGCUCCCAAUACGAGCCGGUCGGCGGGCACGAGAGGGGAGAGCCAUGGGGGGUAUGGCAGCCCUGGGUCGUCGCUGCUGAAGAGCGCUUUGGCAGGAGGAGGGAGGGAGCUGAUGGAGGAGCAUAUCCACAUGGUGGCACAGGAGGAGAUUGCUCUGAUGGACGACCUGGCGGACAUAGCACAGGACGUAGCAGACGUGUCACUGGAGGACGAGAAGCCAGAGGAGCUGCUGCUGACGGACAUGAGGGACCUCACGGACCUGCUGCGCACCAACGACGCGCGCUUCCUCACUAUUGAUGUGUUCGGCCGCCGCAUCACCAAGCUGCUGCAGGAGAAGUACUACCGCCUGAGGGACAUUCUGGACCACCAGAUGGGGGCGGCAGCAGGCAGUGCACUGCGGGGCUACGGGGGUGCAGAUGGGGGCGAGGCGAUGCAGUACGCGGACGAGGACGGGGAGGACGUGCUGCAUCUCUCGCGCAGCGCCCGCAGCACCCCGCCCAACGCCUCUAUGGGCGGUGGUAGCAGCAUCGCCGGCAGUGUUGCUGGUGGGGGUGGUGGCGGCGGCGGUGGGGGUGCUGUGGCUGCGUCGUCAUCGUCGGCCUCUGCGGCGGGUCGGGAUCGCACGACGAUAGACGACUUUGAGCUGAUUAAACCGAUUAGCAAGGGCGCGUACGGGCGUGUCUUCCUGGCCAAGAAAAAGACCACGGGUGACCUCUUUGCUAUCAAGGUGUUGCGCAAGGCGGACAUGGUGCGCAAGAACGCAGUGGAGAGCGUGCAGGCAGAGCGCAACAUCCUUGCGUCCGUGCGCAGCCCGUUUGUGGUGCGGUGCUUCUACUCAUUCACAUGCCGCGAGAACCUCUAUCUGGUGAUGGAGUAUCUCAACGGGGGCGACCUCUUCUCGCUGCUGCAGAACCUCGGCUGUCUUGAGGAGCCCAUGGCCCGCGCCUACAUCGCUGAACUCGUGUUGGCGUUGGAGCAUCUGCACGCCAGUGGCAUCAUUCACCGGGACCUCAAGCCCGACAACCUCCUCAUUGCCUACGAUGGCCACAUCAAGCUAACGGACUUUGGGCUCUCCCAAAUGGGUCUAUUCAACAGCACAGCUGCAGCAGCAGCUGCUCUUUCCUCCCACACCCCAGCCGCCAUGGGUUUCCCCAAGUCUGGCUCGAUAGAUUCCGGCGCAUCAGUCUCGGCGUCGAUCCCCACGUCGCCUCUCUGGGCGGCAGACCGGGCAGCAGACUUUCCGCACGCGCCGUCCGGGGCAUCCUCCCGCCCGUCGUCCUCUUCCGGCCGAACUUCCCCGUUUUCAGGGGUUCCGGGCGGCGCGGGGAUGGUGGGAGGCGGAGGGGCGGGGAGUGUGGGAGGGGGGGGAGGUGCGGGGGGGAUGGGGGGAGGGUCGGCGUCACCAGCGUGGAAAGCUGAGGUGGAGUCGUUGCAGGGUGCCGGGCGGAGUGCGUCGGCGGAUGUGGAGAAGAAGAAGGAGCAGACGGUGGGCACUCCGGACUAUCUCGCUCCGGAGAUUCUGCUCGGCACGGGCCAUGGCGCCACAGCGGAUUGGUGGGCAGUGGGAGUGAUGCUCUUUGAGCUGCUCUGUGGUGUUCCCCCUUUCAAUGCGCCCUCCCCAGAGAUCAUAUUUGACAACAUUCUGAACCGUGACAUUCCAUGGCCGGAGGUGCCUGAUGAGAUGUCAUACGAGGCCAUGGACCUCAUUGACAAGCUGCUGCAUCCGGAGCCGUCGCUGAGGCUGGGGGCGAGGGGCGCAGAGGAGGUGAAGGCGCACCCCUUUUUUGCCGGCAUCCGCUGGGAGACCCUCGCGCAGGAGCAGGCGGCGUUUGUGCCGAGUCCAGACAGUCCGCACGACACGGGGUACUUUUUGACGCGCGGGUGGCAGCAGGAGCAGGGGGGGGCGAUGGAUGGCGGCAUGGCCAUGGGCAUGGGCGAGAGUGAGAGCGCCAGCAGCGACGCCUGCAGCAGCACGUCUGCUGAUGACUUUUACCAGGGCGAGCAGGGGGACGAGCCUGGAGACAUGAGGAACUUUUCAGACAAUGUCGCUGCUGCCUUCACCAACUUCUCAUUCAAGAACCUCUCCCAAUUGGCUGAGAUCAACUAUGAGUUCCUAGGCCGGCAAAAGAGCCCUCCCAGUCAUCUUAGCGUGGGUUUCUCCAUCAGAACAAUGAAGCGGCGCGGGGCCGCUCCCAUCUUUGAUCUCCCUGACGAGGUGCUGACGUCGAUCGUGCGUCAGCUCGAGAAUCCCGUCGAUCGGCGAAACGUCGCGCUCGCUUGUUCGCGAUUCCGCGAACUCGAAAAUCGUUCUCGCCGCACCCUGACCUACAAGGCUCGCCAGGGGACCCCCCACGUCCAGAUUCUGGAAUCGCUGCUCCGGCGAUGCACGGAUCUCGAGGAUCUCUCCGUGAUCAACGAUCGGGGGAAAUCGACGGUUGGCGAUGAGUUGCUCCUGGCCGUCGGAUCAAGAUGCUCGCAGCUGGAGCGGCUGAGCCUCGUGGGAUGCGAGGAGAUUACGGAAGAUGGAUGGAGGACGUUCAGUGCGCAGUGCAGCGCGCUCAAGUCGCUCGAGCUCCGCCUAGUCUCCGCCAAAGCAGUCUGCUCGCCCCUCUCCGCCUUCCCCUCGCUCCUCUCCCUCACACUCUACCGCCUAGACGGCCUUCCAGUUCAAAUCUCCUCCCUCUCGCACUGCUCUUCCCUCACCUCCCUCUCCCUCUGGCACCUCACAGACCCGCUCCUCUCCUCUCUCUCCUCCUCCUCCUCCUCUCUUCCCUCUCUCCAAUCCUUCACCCUCACAUCAGCAUCAGUCAGAACCUCCUUGGGAUCGCUCGGUGCUUUCCCCCUCCUCUCCUCCCUCGCUCUCUGCACAUGCUCGCAAAUUGGUUUUCCUGAAAUGCACUCUCUCUCGCGCUCCCUCCACACACUCACCCACCUGACCAUACAAGACUGCCCUUUGGUUCCCUCCACUGCUGUGGCCUCUCUAACAGCUGCUAAUUCCUCCCUCGCGUCUCUCUCCCUCCGGGGCAACGUGCGUCUCUUCAGCCCUAGGGAGAGUGAAGCGGUGCUUAAACCCAUCGCCGGCGCUUUAGAAACGCUGACGCUUAGCGGCGUGCCGAUGCUGAGCCGGGGCAUGCUUGGGGGGUGUACGUGUUUGAAGGCGCUGCGGUUGGAGUAUGGAAAGGGGACCGUGUGGGAUAUUGCUGGUAUGCUGAGUGCAGGGAGGCUUGAUCUGCCUCAUCAAUCGAUGAUUGAUUUUUUCACUGCGGUGUUUGGACCGCCGGUCGGGGAACAGCGUGGAAGAGAAGGGAGGGGCGCAACUGUUGGAGGGGGGGCGGGUGGGGAAGGAGGAGCAGAUGGAGGACGACGGAGAGACGGACUAGAUGCAACUGUAGGCAUGGGGACCGCUGCAGCACCAGUGGACGCACUCGCCGCAUUAAACACUCCAGCACCCAUGGAUCCCCGUGUUAGCUACACACAGGCAUCUGCACCUCGCGCUUUGCCUGUGCCACUCCACUCUGUGGAGGCAGCUGUUGUGCCUUUAGAGUCGCUCUGUCUCCACUGCUUUGCCUUCGCCCCGGAUGUUCGAGUCUCCCUACUCUCCACCAUCCCUUGGCCUUCCCCGUCUCUCAUCGCAUUUAGGCAUUUGAGGCGGCUGUCGCUGCACGCGUGCUCGGGGCUUGAAAAGAGUGAUUUUCGUGCGGUCUUGGAGUCCUGUCCUCGUUUGGAGCAUCUUCUUGUGGACUAUAAUGACACAUUCUCCGACAGGGUGAUUUCGGAGUGUAGACUGGAAAACCUUACGCGUUUCAGUGUGGUAGCAUGUCCCAAGGUGACUGUGGAGAGUAUUGGGGGUGUCCUUGGGAGUUUCCCCAAGUUACGGUGGCUGAAGGUGGAUAAGGGGAAAGUUACAGAGAGAGCUAGAAGGGUGUUCCUGAGAGCUGGUGUGGUUAUACGAGUGUAA